CCCUCGGUGCUUCCUGGCUCUGGUUAGGACACGCUGGAGCCGAGUCGGCGGCCCGUCUGGCUGGCGAGGGGCGUGGGUGGGGCGCGGCGGCGGAGGUGCGCGGCAGGGCCGGCCGUGCGCGCGGGCACUGACUCCCGGCCCUCGCAGGCGCGAUGAAGGCUCUGAUCUUAGUGGGCGGCUAUGGGACGCGGCUGCGGCCGCUGACGCUGAGCAUCCCGAAGCCGCUGGUGGACUUCUGCAACAAACCCAUCUUGCUGCACCAAGUGGAGGCGCUCGCCGCGGCAGGCGUGGAUCACGUGAUCCUGGCCGUGAGCUACAUGUCUCAAGUGCUGGAGAAGGAAAUGAAGGCGCAGGAGCAGAGGUUGGGAAUCCGAAUCUCCAUGUCUCAUGAAGAGGAACCUUUGGGGACAGCUGGGCCGCUGGCACUGGCCCGUGACCUGCUCACCGAGACUGCAGACCCUUUCUUCGUCCUCAACAGUGACGUGACCUGCGACUUCCCCUUCCAAGCCAUGGUGCAGUUCCAUCGGCACCACGGCCAGGAAGGCUCCAUCCUGGUGACCAAGGUGGAGGAGCCCUCGAAGUACGGUGUGGUGGUGUGUGAGGCAGACACAGGCCGCAUUCACCGCUUUGUGGAGAAGCCACAGGUGUUCGUGUCCAAUAAGAUCAACGCAGGCAUAUACAUCCUGAGCCCUGCGGCGCUGCGGCGCAUCCAGCUGCAGCCCACAUCCAUUGAGAAGGAGGUCUUCCCUGUUAUGGCCAAGGAGGGCCAGCUAUAUGCCAUGGAGCUGCAGGGCUUCUGGAUGGACAUUGGGCAGCCCAAGGACUUCCUGACCGGCAUGUGCCUCUUCCUGCAGUCACUGAGGCAGAAGCAGCCUGAGCGACUGCACUCGGGCCCUGGCAUUGUGGGCAAUGUGCUCGUGGACCCAAGUGCCCGCAUUGGCCGCAACUGCAGCAUCGGCCCCAACGUGAGCCUGGGCCCGGGAGUGGUGGUGGAGGACGGCGUGUGCAUCCGGCGGUGCACGGUGCUGCGCGACGCCCACAUCUGCUCCCACUCCUGGCUGGAGUCCUGCAUCGUGGGCUGGCGCUGCCGCGUGGGCCAGUGGGUGCGCAUGGAGAACGUCACCGUCCUGGGCGAGGACGUCAUUGUCAAUGACGAGCUCUACCUCAACGGAGCCAGCGUGCUGCCCCACAAGUCUAUCGGGGAGUCGGUGCCGGAGCCCCGCAUCAUCAUGUGAGGCCCCGCCCGCAGGAGCAGUGGCCCGGCGCACCCGGGGCCCGGACUUGGUGCUGUGCGUCUGCCGAGGGGUAGGCAAGGCGGAAGGGCCGCAGGCCCCCUGCCCUCCCGUGCGGACACAACCGGCAGCACCCCUGCGGGACGCACCCAGAAACCCCACUCCCCCAAGAAGGGCUGUGGCCAGGGGUGUACACAAUAAUAAUUUAAUGCUCACUGUG